CAACACAACCUUCUUCUUCUUCUUCAUCUUGAAUGCCCCUCCUUAAUUUCUUCAUAUUCUAAAACCUUUCAUUUCACCACUCUCCUUCUUCUCUCUCUUCUUUUCCUCAUUGUUUAUUUUCUUCUUUCUGCUUUUUCUAUAUUGCAACUGCCCCUUUUCCCAAGAUGCUGUUUUUUUGAGGGUUUAUGAUUAAAGUUUCCAACUUGCCCAUGCCCUUUUCCUGCAUCCAUUGAAGACGCUUCUGGAGCUUCCCCUGGAAGUGUAGUGCUCAGAUGGCAUGGAUAGAAAACAAUGAUGGGAAUGGGGGAGAAAAGGAAUUAUCUAAAGACAAUGGUUUUUUGAAAGUCUCUCAGAAUUCUAUAAGUACUGGUGGCUCUGCUGUGGAUGUUGGUUCGGCGGAUAAGCAAAGCGAAGGGAAUGAUGAUCUUGCUUUUGCGAACAUCUUACGGUCAAGGAACAAGUUCGUCGAUGCUCUUGCUUUGUAUGAACGUGUCCUUGACAAUGAUAGUGGAAAUGUGGAGGCUCACAUAGGAAAGGGGAUAUGCUUGCAGAUGCAGAAUAUGGGCAGGCUUGCUUUUGAAAGUUUUGCCGAGGCUAUCAGAUUGGAUCCUCAAAAUGCUUGCGCUCUCACGCACUGUGGUAUCCUGUACAAAGAAGAAGGUCGCCUUGUGGAAGCAGCUGAGUCAUAUCAGAAGGCUUUACGAGUAGAUCCAUCGUAUAAAGCAGCUGCGGAGUGCCUAGCCAUUGUUUUAACAGAUAUUGGUACCAACAUAAAGCUCUCAGGAAACACACAAGAGGGAAUUCAAAAAUAUUUUGAAGCCCUCAAAAUAGAUCCGCGCUAUGCUCCAGCAUAUUAUAACCUCGGCGUGGUCUAUUCUGAAAUGAUGCAAUAUGACAUGGCCCUCACUUUCUAUGAAAAGGCUGCAUCAGAAAGGCCUAUGUAUGCUGAAGCAUACUGCAAUAUGGGUGUGAUUUACAAAAAUCGUGGUGAUUUAGAAGCGGCUAUUACUUGUUAUGAGAGGUGUUUAGCUGUUUCUCCUAACUUUGAGAUUGCAAAGAAUAAUAUGGCUAUAGCUUUGACCGACUUGGGAACAAAGGUUAAACUCGAAGGAGAUAUCAAUCGAGGUGUGGCUUUUUAUAAGAAAGCUUUGUAUUAUAAUUGGCAUUAUGCCGAUGCCAUGUAUAAUCUUGGGGUUGCGUAUGGGGAGAUGCUUAAAUUUGAUAUGGCUAUUGUGUUCUAUGAACUCGCCUUCCACUUCAAUCCACAUUGUGCAGAAGCUUGUAACAAUCUAGGUGUUAUAUACAAAGAUCGUGACAACCUUGACAAGGCUGUAGAAUGCUAUCAGCUUGCAUUGUCAAUCAAACCAAACUUUUCACAGUCAUUAAAUAACCUUGGGGUUGUAUACACUGUCCAGGGUAAAAUGGAUUCUGCUGCAAGUAUGAUUGAAAAAGCUAUCAUGGCAAAUCCAACAUAUGCAGAAGCAUACAAUAACCUAGGAGUUCUUUAUAGAGAUGCUGGUGAUAUUGCUUUAGCUAUUAACGCUUAUGAGCAAUGUCUAAAGAUUGAUCCUGACUCACGAAAUGCUGGCCAGAAUCGCUUGCUCGCAAUGAAUUACAUUGAUGAAGGGAAUGAUGACAAGCUUUUUGAGGCUCACAGGGACUGGGGCAGGAGAUUUAUGAGGCUAUAUCCGCAGUUCACAUCAUGGAACAACACAAAAGAUCCUGAACGUCCUCUUGUGAUAGGAUAUGUAUCUCCUGACUAUUUUACACAUUCUGUGUCGUAUUUCAUUGAAGCUCCCCUUGUAUAUCAUGACUACACCAAUUAUAAAGUGAUUGUUUAUUCAGCAGUUGUCAAGGCUGAUGCUAAAACCAUUCGGUUUAGAGAGAAAGUCUUAAAGAAGGGUGGGAUCUGGAAAGAUAUAUAUGGGACCGAUGAAAAGAAGGUUGCCGAAAUGGUUAGAGAAGAUCAAGUUGAUAUUUUGGUAGAACUUACUGGCCAUACAGCAAAUAACAAAUUGGGGAUGAUGGCAUGUCGACCUGCUCCAAUUCAGGUGACUUGGAUUGGUUAUCCAAACACCACCGGAUUGCCAACAAUUGAUUAUAGAAUCAGUGAUUCUCUGGUGGACCCUCCUGAAACAAAGCAGAACCACGUUGAAGAGCUAGUUCGUUUACCAGAAUGUUUCCUUUGUUACACUCCUUCUCCCGAGGCCGGUCCUAUUGUUCCAACUCCUGCCAUUUCCAAUGGCUUUGUCACAUUCGGCAGUUUUAACAAUCUGGCGAAGAUUACACCUAAAGUAUUGCAGGUUUGGGCAAGGAUACUGUGUGCAAUCCCGAAUUCUCGCCUUGUGGUGAAAUGUAAACCAUUUUGCUGUGAAAGUGUGAGACAAAGAUUUCUUUCAACACUAGAGCAAUUAGGUUUGGAACCGCUUCGUGUUGAUCUUCUGCCCCUUAUACUUCUCAACCAUGAUCAUAUGCAAGCCUAUUCUCUGAUGGACAUAAGUUUGGACACGUUUCCAUAUGCUGGAACGACGACAACUUGUGAAUCUUUAUACAUGGGAGUUCCAUGUGUUACAAUGGCUGGUUCAGUACAUGCUCACAACGUUGGCGUUAGUCUUCUUAGCAAUGUUGGCCUUGGACAUUUAGUUGCCAAAAACGAAGACGAAUACGUUAAGUUGGCCCUAAAGUUGGCGUCCGACAUUCCAGCGCUACAAAAUUUGAGAAUGAGUCUACGAGAACUCAUGUCCAAGUCCCCUCUUUGCGACGGAGCGAAUUUCAUCCUCGGCCUAGAGUCAACAUACCGGCAAAUGUGGCGCAGAUAUUGUAAAGGAGACGUUCCGUCUUUGAAACAAAUGGAAUCGUUGCAACACCCCGUUUCAACGAGCGACACGUCCAACCAAGAGUCCAAGCCAGCAAAGGUCAUAACAACCUCAAGUGAGGGUAGUAACCCCGAAUCGGUCAAGGCUAAUGGAUUUAGUUCAAAUUCAUUGCAACAAUCCUCUAAACUCAGCAUUCAUAAUUGUGAAGAAAAUGGAGGGUCAUUGAAUCAUAGUAGUAGUAGUAGUAAGCAAGGAAUUGUGGGGUCAAGUUGAAAAUUUGGUUUGUUCAUCUGAGAGUCCUUUAU